AUGGCAGCCGCUAACUCUUCCCUGGCCACUGAUCAGUAUUCCUGCCCGGUGUGUCGGGAGGUCCUGAAGGAGCCGGUCACUAUCCCAUGUGGACACAGCUACUGCUUGGACUGUAUUGAUGACUACUGGGACAAGUCAGAUACCAAGGAGACAUACAACUGUCGUCAGUGCAGGCGGUCAUUUAAAGUGAGGCCAGAGCUUAACAAAAAUGUCUUGCUGGCUGAAGUUAUAAAGAGUCUAAAAGAAGUGAAAACUGAUGUCACUUACAGUCAGAGUUACGCUGGACCUGACGAUGCAAUUUGUGAUUUGUGUCCAGGGAAAAAACUGAGAGCUGUGAAGACCUGCCUGACAUGCAUGGCCUCCUACUGUGAGACUCAUCUGCAGCCUCACCGAAAGUAUGAAGCUCUGAAGAGACACAAACUGGAGGAGCCAACUAGAAACCUUGAAGAGAAACUCUGUGCAAGGCAUCAGCAAUUUCUAGAAGUCUUCUGUAGGACCGAUGGGGCCUGCAUCUGCUUACUAUGUGUGGCAACUGAACAUAAGAGUCACGAUACAGUGACACCGGAUGAAGAGAGAGCUGGGAGACAGAAUCAGCUGGAAGUUAGAAAGGCAGAAAUGAAAAACAAUAUUGAAGAGAAAGAGAAGAAACUGAAGGAGAUGAAGGAGACUGUGAUGAUGAUUCAGAGCGCUGCAGAGACAGAACUGCAGGAACAUGAGGAGAUUUUCAAGUCUGUAAUUCAGACCAUUGAGAAGUUGAGGUCAGAGGUCAUUGUGCUCAUUAGCAGUCAGAAGAGGAUGGUAGUGAGAAAGGCUGAAGAGGUAAUAAAGCAACUGGAAAAGGAGAUCAAGGAUCUGAAGAGGAAAGAUGCUGAGCUGGCCGAGCUUUCACAGACAGAAGACCACAUCCAUUUCCUAAAGAAGUUACCGUCCCUCUGUGUUCCAGUUGAAGGUAGAGAUGCACCCAAUACCACUGUUAAUGGAGAAUUUCUUUCUGAGAGCCUGAAGAAGAAACUAUGUUAUCUGAAGAAGAUCCUGGAGGAAAUGAGUGGCUGGGAGUUUGUGAAGGCCAAGGAAGCCGGGGUUAAUGAUUCAGGUCACAUCCUACAGAAUCUGAGGAUAAGAAAUGGACUUUUAAAAUAUUCUUGCCCGCUCACCCUGGACCCAAACACAGCACACAGACGCCUCCGUCUGUCUGAAGGGGAGAGGAAGGCAACAACCGAGAUGACAGAGGCCCCUUAUCCUGACCAUUCUGACAGAUUUGACUUUUGGUUGCAAGUUCUGUGCAGAGAGGCUCUGAGUGGAACUCGCUUGUACUGGGAGAUCGAGUGGAGUGGAGAAGGGGUGACAGUGGGACUGGCGUAUAAAGGGAUUACGAGGAAAGGAGACAAAGAGGAGUAUCGGCUUGGAUAUAAUGAUAAAUCCUGGAAUUUGUUCUGCUCUGAUUCCAAUUACAUUGCUUGGCACAAUACCAUAAAGACAGAAAUCAUUGUCCGCCGCAGUCACAGGAUAGGCAUGUAUCUUGACUGCCCAGCUGGCACUCUGUCAUUUUAUAGCAUCUUGGACACAAUGACCCUCCUGUACAGGUUCAAAGCCACCUUCACCGAGCCACUUUAUCUUGGGUUUGGGUUUAAGUUUCAUUCCAGUGUGAGAAUCUGCCCUCUGACCCCGUGUGGCUGGUGAUCAGUGUCUUCCAUCACACGGGUGGUAAAGAGAGACAUUCUACAGACCAACUGAGCAUAAACACCUCCAAGUUAAUGGACAAUGCAGUGCUCUGUUAAUGUUUUAAAAAUUUAAACUUGGCCUCAUGAAGAAUAGGGAGCAAAGCCACAGGGACAGAAGGGACAUGAGAGUACCCAUCUGACGGAAUAUUUGGUUUGAGAAAUUAAACAGCAAGUUUAGAGCAGAAAUCAGAACUUUGUUUCAAAUUCGGUUGAUUUACAUGUAAUACAUCCAAUGACAUGGCAAUUAAAACCACUGCCAUAAAACACCAGGACAUUCAGUUCAAUUCCCGGCCUGUUCACUAACUGUGUGGAUUGCCUGUGUUCUUUCAGUGGAUUAUUGCAUCAGUGCUUCAAUUUCCUUCAUAGAUUGUGAUUUUGCUGCGUGUGUGGUUCAUUACUGCAUUUAAGAAUAUCACUUUAUAUAUUGUAUGUGCAUGUGAAAGACCUGUGAUGGAUUGCCAUUCUUAUCUUCUCCUCUUUCUGGUGACCCUACAAUUGUUUAAAGUGAAGCUUUGUCUUUCCCAAUUUUCUUCAUCAGACUUGGCAAACAUGAUGAAGGUGUGGAACAGUUACAUUACUAGGUCAAUGUGGUGACCCUACCAAGUUGGCAUGUGUACUAAAUCAGCUGACCAUGCUGCAAACGGAGAAUUCCUAUUGAAAAUUUGACCAAGAAGAUCAAAUCCUAAGAAGCUGUAAAAUGUUUUUUUUUUCUUUUACAAAUGUAAAUUAAAACAAAGAGACUAGAAUAAUGAGUCUGAAGUGAAACAUUUACAAAGAUGACAGAUGGUGUCUUAGAGAAGGCAUUGCAGUGAGGGAAAUAAACUGAAUGUGAAAGAAAAUGAGUCAGUCUGUAUGUUUUAUAGAGCCUUUCAUUGUAACAAGAAAAAUGAGAAACUCCAUUAAUCAAAGAAUUGCCUGGAGAAUGGGCCUGAGUUGACUCGAAAGCUUGUUUAUUGUAAUCUUUUUAUUUAGCCAAUAAAAAGUGUCAUUUUGCUUGGCUUUUCUCUACAAGGAAAUAAAGG